GCUGCUGCUACACAUUCAGUCGGUUUACUCACACACACAGUUUAACGGUCACAGAGCUGCUGAUGAAGAUGAAGGAGCUGCUCCUCUUCCUCUCCUGUGUCCUCUGUGUCUCUGCCGAUGCUCUGCACGGUGACGUUCAUAUAAACGGCUGUUCAGACUUUGAUGCAGAGGACAUGUAUGGACUGGAUGGGGAGGAGGUUGCCUACGCAGACUUCAACUACCACACGGAAGUCUACAUUCUGCCUCCUUUUGCUGAUCCUAUGACUUACCCCGGAGCUUAUAAACAAGCUGUGACUGAGCUGAAGGUCUGCAGACACAACCUGAAGGCUCUUGGCGCGGUGAUGAAGGACUACCCUUCCAAUAACCAUGCUCCUUCAGCUGUGAUGAUCUACACCAGAGAUGAGGUGGAGUUUGGAGAGGAGAACACUCUGAUCUGUCACGUGACUGGUUUCUAUCCUGCUCCUGUCAACGUCUCCUGGACCAAGAACGGACAGAAGGUCACAGAAGGAUCCAGCACCAACGUUCCCUAUCCCAACAAAGAUGGACCCUUCACCCAGAUCUCCAGACUGCAGUUCACCCCACAGCUGGGAGACAUCUACAGCUGCGCAGUGCAACAUCUGGCCCUGACUGAACCACUGACCAAGAUCUAUGACAACGAGGAGCCGCUCCUCUAUCCUCAGGAGCACAGUGAGGCUGCAACUUUAACUCUGAAAACAGAAGCUGUGAGAUGGACCUUUAAAAAGGUAAAUUCUCACAAAGCUCCAGGACCAGACGGCAUCCCAGGCCGGGUUCUCAGAGCAUGCGCCGACCAGCUGGCAGGGUGUUCACCAACAUCUUCAACCUCUCCCUGAGGCAGUCAGGGGUCCCCACAUCCCUCAAAACAACCACCAUCAUUCCCAUUCCUACGACAGCAGAGGUCUCCUGUCUGAAAUACUACCGCCCUGUUGCACUGACAUCCAUCAUCAUCAAGUGCCUUUAUUGGCUGGUCAAAGGUCACAUCUGCUCCUCCCUCCAUGUUACAUAUCUGCAAAGUUUGGCAUGAACGCCAACAUCCCUUCAAAUUUCUACAAUCUAAGACCGAGAGCUUGCUGACGAGCUGCAUCACAGUUUGGAACAGAAGCUGCUCUGCAGCAGCAGGAAACCACAGAGCAUCACCAGCAUGAGGCUUCCUGCCACUCAGGAUGUUUAUCUCCAGCAGUGUCUCAAAGCACACAGCAUCAUCAAGGCCCACAGCCACUCAGCACAUCAGCUGUUCUCCUUGUUACCAUCUGGCAGACGUUACAGGAGUCUGUCUGCUCGGACUACAAGACUCAGAAACUCUUUACCAUCAAGCUGGCACCACAACACAUAAUCCCUAAAGGAUGUAACGUUUAUGUAAAUCCCUCAGUGCAGGUCUCAUCCCUUCAAUAAUGUGAUGCUCAUUGGGGCCAUUGUCUUAGCUUCUUUAAAUAAAGUUAGCAUAGCCAUAUAAACCAGUCUGUCCCAUGUGUAACUGGGGUUCUGAUCCAGUCUGUGUAUUUUGUUAGUGUCAAUAAGAGUCGUGUCUGCACCCUUUAUCUAUUAAACUUUUACUGUCAUUGUUGUCAUGAACAUAUAAAUACAGAGGAAUGAAAUACGUAACACAAGGGCUGGAGCUCUGGGCUUUAAUCUUAGGAGUUUGUUGGGAGGAUCACUGCUGCAGCUGCUCCAUGUGGUCCACUGCAGAUCUGAUGGAUAGUUAGGUGAUAGUUGUUCCCCUCUUACGCCUGCCGACCCUUAGACGUCGUCCUCCGCCU